AUGGCCCGGGCUCAUUUUGCUGAAAACUUGAAGGAAGAGCUGACCUGCCCUGUGUGCAUGGACUACUUCAGACAUCCAGUGACCUUGGGCUGUGGCCACAGCUUUUGCCACUCGUGCCUCCUCAGCAGCUCAGGAGAAGUUUAUAGGCCCUGGCCUUGUCCUCUUUGCAAAAGAGCCUUCCAUCUGAGAGACUUGGAGUCCAACCAUCGCCUAGGGAAGCUGGCCAGCAUAGGCAAGAAACUGGAACCCUAUCUGCCACAAUUAGAAGAGGAAAAGAUCACAUGUAAGAGACACCAGGAGGAGAAAAAGUUGUUUUGUGAAAAGGACCAAUCCUUCCUGUGUGUAGAUUGUUUUCAACCCCAGGAACACAUCAGGUGUACAGUGCACACUGUAAAAAAGGCUGCAGAGGAUUCUAGGGACAAACUCCAAAAGAUUUUGGAUCUUCUCUGGAAAGAAGUGGAGAGAGUUCAGAACAUGCUGACAGAAGAGAGAGAGAAGAAGAAGACUUGGAAGGAAAAUGUUCAUACUUGGAGGCAGAGUAUGACAGCUGAAUACACAAGAUUCCAUGAACUGCUGAAGAAAGAAAAAAAGCUUCAUUUUCACGUAAUGGCCCAGCAGGAAAGUUGCAACCUGAAGAGUAUAAGAGAAAGUGAGACCAGACUCUCCCAGCACCUUCACAGCUUGAGAGACAUGAUCAUGGAUAUGGAACAACAUAACUGGAAGACCAAUAGCCAGCUUCUGCAGGUGCGAAUCACUAUUGGGUCAUCGUCCAGAAACUGCCACCACUUCCGGGAUCAUAUUUCAAAAUACUAUGAUGUGGGAAAUGCUGAAAUACUUCAAAGUGGAGACCUUAUGUUGAGCCUGUUUGUCUGCUCGGGCCCUGAGAAGCUAAACCAUUCACCUAUUUGUUCUUUCUUUUCAGUGGAUGUGACCCUGGAUCCCAAAAAUCCCGCUCCACAUCUCAUCCUGUCUGAUGACCUGAGGACUGUCGUACAUAGGGGCAGCCAGCAGAAUAUUCAUUUCUCCAUCAACCAAUAUGAAUAUAAUUUCAUUUUGGGGGCUCAAUUAUUCACAUCUGGUAUUCAUUACUGGGAGGUUGAAGUAGGAGAUGGUAGGCAAUGGGCAGUUGGAGUGUGCAAGAAGUCAUUGAGGAGCUAUGAAGACGACUUUCUCCCUUUUGAGGAAAUAUUCCUUCUUUCAUGUGUUAGGAAAGGAGAUAAGUAUACUAUCACGACUACUCCCCCCUACUUUGAACAUCAAGUCCAUUUCCCUAUCCGCAGGGUUGGGAUUUUGCUAGACUGUGAUGAAGGGACCAUCUCAUUUUAUGAUGCCUCAGAAAGAUGCUUUAUAUAUCAUUUCCCUCAUUUCCCUUUCUCUGGGCCACUUCAACCCCUCUUUUCUCCUAGUCCUCCAAUGGGCAAAGAGAAUGGGAUCCCGAUGACUAUUAGGACUUGA